GUUUCUCAUCUCAUCGGCUUAGGAUCAAACAGAGACGAUGGGGAUUGCAAAUGGGGACUAUAUACGUGUGGAGGAAGGUUUGAACCGGUGUGUGAACGGAGAAGCCGCAGUUCCAAACCCGAGGAGUACGGGGGGUGGUGGUGGGCUAAGGUGAUCGCAUUAUGCAGCUUAGCGGGUCUUUUCGUCGUUGUUCUGUCGAAAUGGGUUGGACCCCUCAUCAUAAAGAAGGUGGUGAUCCCGUUUACAAAGUGGGAGACGCGAACUCUCGAUGCUCCGGUACUAGCAUUCGUAAUCUUUGCUUCCAUUGCGCUAUUCCCCACCAUUCUUUUGCCGACUUCACCAUCCAUGUGGGUGGCUGGGUUGUCCUUCGGGUACGGGUUCGGUUUCUUACUAGUCAUGGCUGGAGUGGCGAUAGGCAUUACGUUACCCUAUUUCAUCGGCUCUCGGUUUCAACUCAAAGUCCAUAAAUGGCUGGAGAAAUAUCCCGAACAAGCUUCUGUGCUAAGAUCAGCAGGUGAAGGGAGUUGGUUUCAUCAGUUUAAAGCUGUCAUGCUCAUCAGAUUAUCUCCGUUUCCGUAUGUUCUUUUCAACUAUGCUGUUGUUGCUGCUGACAUCGCAUACAGUCCGUACUUGCUCGGGUCAUUGGUGGGGACCAUCCACGAAGUUCUCUUGUCACUCUACAGUGGGAUUCUAAUGCGGGCACUCGCAGAGGCAGCAGACGACAAGAAAGUCCUGGGAAAGCCACAUGCAACGUUCAAUACUUUCGGGUUCUGCGCAGGUUUAGUUGCCAUGGUAUUGGUUGGAAUUUGGGUAAUGAUGAGACGAUCCAUGGCGGAGAGAACAUGAACAGGAAGAGGAGUCACUAUUGGAGUAGAGAAGGCAUUGAUUCGGUUUAGUUCAGCAGGCUUGUUCUAUGGUGCGACAUGGAAAUGGCAAAAGGAUUCAUGGACUGUGGAAAAUGAGCAAGAAAACAUAAAUCAAUCGACAAGAACCAUGAAUUUUUGGGUUUGGGGCACCAGUGUUACGCAUUUUGCCUCGUAAAUCAAUCAACAUGCAUCUUGGCAUUUGGAGCAUCGAGAACGCUUAUUUUUCCGAUAAAAUUCGGAGUUUAGAUAAGAGAUUGGAACUGAGAGAUGGAAGACCAUUGACAGGACAAUGUGCAAACUCCUUGAAACGGAAAGGGAAUGCUUUAUUUAUUACAGUUCCCUGACAACACACCUUUAGAACUGCAGAUGAACAAAAUUGUACGACUUAGAAAUUUUCCUUUUGGUCCGUCACUGAAACUUUGCCUGCUCUUGUCGAUAAUGCAAUGCAAGGUCAUUGUUAACAAAGAAUGCUCAACCUUUUCGCUGCCCUUUCUGUUGUGCCAAGGGAAAAAUGGGUUUUCACAAUAAUCUUCCAAGUGAUUGUGAAAUGUGAGGUUCUACAAGCUCUCCCGCUUUAGCUUCAAGGGAUAUUUCGGAAGCUUAAAAUUGAGAGAAUUAGAAUAGGAACAGGGGAGGCAAUUAAAAUUGAGAUUCGGAUAGAAAUUUUUCAUUUUCAUUGGUUCUUGAAAUAAUUAUUAGAAGGUGAAAAUGUUAGAAGCAUGGACCAGUCACUAACCUUAGUCACGUUCUUGUCGUUGUGCUCUUCUUUUGAUAGUUACUUAAGUUAGUGUGUU